UGCAGCUAUGAAGAAGACGCAUACGUCCCAGAUAGAGGUGAUCCCUUGCAAAAUCUGUGGAGACAAGUCGUCGGGCAUUCACUAUGGGGUCAUCACUUGUGAAGGCUGCAAGGGGUUCUUUCGUCGAAGCCAGCAAGGGAAUGUGACGUACUCUUGCACCCGGCAACAGAACUGCCAGAUAGACCGCACCAGCCGGAACCGGUGCCAGUACUGCCGGCUGCAGAAAUGCCUCAGCCUCGGCAUGUCCCGAGACGCGGUCAAAUUUGGCCGAAUGUCCAAGAAGCAGCGGGACAGCCUCCACGCCGAAGUUCAGAAGCAGCUGCAGCAGCAGCAGCACGGCGGCGAGGCUCCGGCCUACUCCUUGGGGGUGGCCAACGGGCAAUUGAAGCUGGCUCCCCCAUCGGACCUCCUGGAGGCCUCGGCCUGUUCCACCGUCCUCUUGAACGGGCAGGCCCGCCUCAGCCAGUCCCCGGACGAGACGGCCGCCUUGGCCUACUCCAACGGCUUCGCCAAGUCCCAGAGCCUUCUGGGGGAGGAUCUACGGGCCCCGUUCUCCAAGGGUUACAGCCCGGAGCGCAUCAAGAUGGAAGGCAAGAGUGGCUAUUAUUCCCUGGAGAUGCAGGCGUCGCCAGAACUCUCGCACCCGGACGCCAACGGGGCAAAGCAAGUCGGCAGCCAGAGCCUCGACUUCUACACCACCCCUAGCUUCACCAGCCUCUUGGAGUCGCCAAACUCUUCUCUGACGGAGAUCGAACACCUCACGCAGAAUGUCCUCAAAUCCUAUCGGGAGACCUGUCAGCUGCGUUUGGAGGACCUCCAGCUCCUGAGGUGGCAAACAUUCGCCAGGGAGGAAGUUGGAAGCUACCAGAAAAAGUCCGUGGAAGAGAUGUGGGAACGUUGUGCGUGCCGCAUCACCGAAGCCAUCCAGUACGUGGUGGAGUUUGCCAAGCGGAUGGGCGGCUUCAUGGACCUAUGCCAAAACGAUCAGAUUGUGCUCCUCAAAGCUGGUGCCAUGGAAGUGGUGUUAGUGAGGAUGUGCCGUGCCUUCAAUUCCGAGAACCGGACGGUCUUCUUCGAGGGCAAAUACGCUGGGCCGGAGCUCUUCAAAUCCCUCGGCUGCAACGAACUGAUCAACUCCAUCUUCGACUUCGCACAGAGCCUGUGUUCGCUCCACUUUUCCGAGAAUGAGAUUGCCCUGUUCACGGCGCUGGUGCUCAUUAACUCGAAUCGCCCCUGGUUGCAGGAGAAAAGCAAGGUGGAGCGGCUGCAAACCAACCUGGAACUAGCCUUCAAGCACAUGUUACGGAAAAACCACCGCGAAGGCAUCUUGGCUAAGCUGCCCCCCAAGGGCAAACUUCGGAAUUUGUGUUACCAGCACAUGGAGAAGCUCCGUUCUUUCCGUCAAAUGUAUCCCAUCAUUGUCCACGCCGUCUUUCCUCCGCUCUACAAAGAGCUCUUCUGUUCAGACUGCGACCCACUCCAGGGAGCAACAGGGGAGUAAGGUCCCCCCGUCCCAGCGAGGCGAGGACUGCAUCCAGAGGUCCCUUGCUGCGCUCUGCUUUUCUCCAACUUCCCCUCUGGGAUCUGACGCCAGAGCGGGAAGGGCGGUAGAACACCGAGGCCAAAAUUAAAGAGUCCACCCUCGUGCAUUCCCGCUCGGAAAGUGCAUUGAGGAGCAGCAGGACGGGGCGUGGAGGACUGGCUCUUGUGCUUAUCCCACCGCUGACACCAAUUGUGGUACGCAACCUCAAACCUGUCGCGUCUCCCCUAAAGAAAAGUGGAGUGGGCCCAUGGCUGCCCUGCCUCGCCCCAGGUUGGGUUGCAGAGGAUCCGCAAAGGUUCACGAAGCGCUCGGGAAACAUUCGGACAACACUCGGAGGUUCGCCGCCCGUUGAAGCGCCAAGUCUGAAUGCGUCGGAGGGUCUUGAGGACAAACGGUGCUUCUGCAAGGAAGACGCUUUCGCCAUGACGUGGUCUCAUCGGAGGAACGGAUUCCAAUUCGCUGCCCACGUUACAACGCCGUGGCCGAUAAUGGCCGAAUCGGAUAGCCCAGAAAUACCUCAUUUUGCUGUCUAAAGGCAUGAGACUCAACCAAGCUGUUUCCCCCCCCCCUUGAAACCAAGUUUUUAAGAAAUAAUAUUAUAUAUAUAUUGUGGACAAAUGUGGUUCUAUAAGAUAGAUCUCUAUUUUUCAGUAUCUGCUUCUGUAUUUGAUAACGAAGGAGUUGCUAUCUUCAUUUCUCUGUCUUUUUUUCUCCUUUCCCUGUUCCCGGUGUCUAAAACAACUGCAGGCCAACUUCUCAAGCUAGAUUCUAAUAACCAGCAACUAACCAGAAAUCCCACCCCAAACCCUGUUGAUUUUCGCUUUGUUUUUGCUUUUAAGCGUUUUUAAAAAAAUUAUAACCACAAAAACUAUUUUAAUAGACACACACAGAG